AUGCGUCGGUUAUUGGCGCGUGCGGUGGGCCUUGUGGGUGGCCUGCGGCGCGCGUUCAGCUUCCCGGCGCUUCUCAACACGCAGGCGGCGCUGCAGAAAGCGGCACCGCUGACCAACGACGCCGAGGCCUUCGCCGAGUUUUUUCGCGUGCCCGUCUUGCUCGACGCCGGCGUGGCGGAAAGUGUGCGGCAGCACUACGAGCGGGUGGUGAGGGGCAUGGAGACGCAGCAGGACAGCCACGCGGUGCGCGUGCAGGAGGAGGAGCAGCGGCGCGGCGAGGAGCUCCCCGUGUUUCUCGUGUCGUACGACCUGCGCUCCCGCCGCUUUCACUUCUUUUCCAUCGAACGCGACCGCGUCGUGGUCGUCGCGGGGCCGCCACCCCCCGCCGGCGCGGAGGCGCGUGACUGCGACGGUGGCGAUCACACUGCCAGCGGCGGCGUCGACCUCUCCACGGCGGCGGACGAGCUCAUGCAGCACACGCACGGCCUCACACAGAUGAUUCUGCUGCCGAUUGUGGCGCACAAGCGGGAGCGGGACGUGCUUGCGCCGCACUUCCAGCGGCUCCUGGCGACGCUGCGGCAGAGCGGCCUCCUCCCUGUGCUGCACGUGGACAACCUCGAGCUCGCCGCGGCGCUGGACCCCGACCCGCCACCCCUGCGGGAGGUGGUGGCGAACUACGCCGUGGUCACCCCCACGCCGCUCAGCGAGCAAUGGUUCCGCGCCCACUGGGUGUACCUGCGCACGUUGGCGUGCCGCAUGGACGAGGAGGACCCCAUUCGCACGAUUAACCGCCUCAUCGUGCCGCGCUUCGACGUGUUUGUCAUCCACCUGGUCCGCUCCGGCUCCCGUGGUCUCAACAUUGUCCUGUGGGACCCCGCACAAAAACGGCGGUACGCCGCGCGGGGCAUGCUUUCCGACAUCCUCGCCUGUCUGCUGGAGCGGCACUCAAAGCGCAUUAUUUUCCUUCCAACAAAUCGCACUGACCGCCCCACGCUGCUGCGCUGCCGCGCCGCCAUGGCAAAAGCCGGCCGCCAGUGCCAGGUGGUCUUCGCCUCCGAGUUGGGCGAAAAGUACCGCGGCGUCUACCAGUCGGAGCCGAGCCGUUUUUGGGCCUCACUGCGUGAGGUGUCGGGGGGCCUCGACAUGGACUUCCUCUUCGAGGUUUACGUCACGGCCGGGAACAGCCUCCGCAGCUACCACGUCAAGCGGCUGCGGGAGGGCGAGGCAAAGCCAGUGAUCUCCCACCGCGCCGAGGAGACCGCGGCGUGUGUGACCGCCACCGAGGUGGAAAAGUGGCUGGGCGUUUUGUCGCUGGACCGUCGCGUGGCGAAGGAGAAGGCGGAGAUGCGGAAGUACAAGCGGCACCUCUUUAUUGCCUACGUGGCGACGGAGUUUGCCGCCUACACGCGUCCGGCGAACCCGCACGCCGCCGUGAACUUCGUCGUGGCCGCCGCCUUGAUGGAUGCCCAGCACCGCGUUCUGGAGCCCUGGACGAAGUACGCGGCGCGGGGUGAUUUCACACUUCCCGCGUUGGACGAGUUUGACGUGCUUGUGUGCCACGACGCCAAGCAACUGCUGCUUUUAGUCUGGGAUGACCCGGAGCUGCUCCGCUUUCUCAAGCGUGGCGGAAGGGUCUGGUGCACGAUGCUGGCGGAGUACAUUUUGGAGGCCCAGCGUUGCCAGACGGGCGGCAAUAACUUCCGUGACGUUGCCUUGAAGUACGGCGUCAUGACGCCGCCUUGCGCCGUGCUCGGGAUCGCCACGGUGGAUUUGCCGUUUGCGUUUCUGCGACACUACCUGAGUGCCGCCGUGGAUGCGUUGUCCGUCGUGUUCCGGGAGCAGCUCUCCACCUCGUGUGAGCGGAGUCAAGUGAUUUGCCUCGCCCACCGCAUGGAUUCCCUUCUUGCCAUGGCGUCCAUUGAGAGCGCCGGCAUCCACAUUGACGCGGCCGAGGCGGCGCGGCAAGCGCAGGCGGUCCGCAAUCGCCUUUUGGCCAUUGACAAGGCUCUUAGUUUGUACCUCCCAAGCGAGGUGCCGGCGGACCUGCAAAGACUCUUUGAUUGGAACUCCCUGCAGCACCUCGGCGCGUUUUUGUUUGGCGGGAGCAUCACGCUGGGGUACACGGACGCCGUGCCGGAGUCCGCCGCGUGGACCUCGCACCUCGUCCACUUCUGCCACCGCUACGGCAGCCUCUCGCUGCUCUCGGCGGAUGUCCACCUGCAGCGGUUUGCGAGUGAGAGGGGGUUGCGGGCGGCGGGGCGGCUCCCGCAGCGGGUGGCCCAGCACCUGGCGCGGGACGCGGCCGCGGGGCUGCGGAAGUACCGGCUCGUGGUGUUCGACGUCGAGUCCACCGGGCUGAACACCGCGACGGACGCCAUCAUCGAGGUCGCCGCGUGGGACCCCGUCGAGGGGACGUCCUUCAGCUCCCUCGUGGACCCGGAGCGGCCCAUCCCGCAGGCGACGAUGGCGAUCCACCACAUCACGAACGGCAUGGUGCGUGGGGCGCCGCGGCUGCCGGAGGUGACGCGCGCCUUUGCGCGGUUCUUGCGCCUCGACGAGGCCCAGCGCGACCCCAAUGAGGUCACCGUCCUCGUUGGGCACAACGUCUUCGCCCUCGACGAGCCGCUGCUCCGCCGCGCCUUUGAACGCGAGGGGGUGGCGAUGGACAGCAUUCUCUUCUGCGAUUCACUCGCCCUGCUGAAGGCCCUCAAGCGCGACCUGCAGGGCUCCACGGAGAACUCGCGCGUGGACCGCGGCGUGCUGGAGAUCUUGACAACCUCCCUGCGGCUCUCCUCCCUGGUGGAGGGGCUCCACGUUGAGGCCGAGGGUGCGCUGCAUCGCGCCGACACGGACGCAAAGACGUUGUGGUUUGUUCUCGUCAACGCGUUGGGGCUGGCCGGUCGGGAGGUUGCGAAGCAGCGGGAUGCCGUUUUCAGCCAUGCCGCCCGGACGUUGGUGACGUACCCCGGCACCGGCUGCUUUCUCCCGCUGGAGCGUAGGCGGGACCGCGCGGUGGUGCGUCUGCCCGGUGUGGCGUCGCAGGUCAUCGAUAACCCGCGGCAGCUGGCCUCCUUGCGGGGGAAGCUGCUCAACGAGAACACGCUGCAGACGCUACAUCGAAUGCAGCUGCACGUGGCGGGGCUGUUGCUUCAGAAACAGCAGCUGGAACGGAAUGCGGCGCGCUUUCUUCACGCCGACCCCGGCGGACGGCUGUCUGUGCUGCACCCGGACUGCAGGGUGCGGCAGUGCAUCGACCUCACGGCCACCACGACCUCCCGCACGACGAGUUCGUACCCCAGCUGCCAGAACAUACCGAAGGACGACAAGUCGCCGCUGCGGCGUCUUUUUAUCUCCCGCUUUGGCGCACAGGGGCGCUGCGUGGAGCUGGACUACUCGCAGCUGGAGAUUGUCGUGCUGGCGCUUCUCUGCGGUGACAGCCGCCUCGUGUCCGAUCUGAAUCGCGGCGUCGACUUCCACGUGAAGCGGGCAUCCUUCUUCAGCGGCGUUGCGUACGAUGAAAUUUACGACGGGUACCAGCGCGGCGUCGCGGAGUACGUGCAGCUGCGCAAGACCGCCAAGACGUUUUCGUUCCAGCGCCUCUACGGGGCGGGGGUGCCGUUGCUGCACAAGACGACCGGCAUCCCGGUGAAGGACCUCGAGGCCUCCAUCCGCAAGGAGGAGGAGGAGUACCCCGGCAUCGCGCAGUUCCAUCGCCUCGUCCGCGCCGUCGCGUUGCGUGCGGGCAACCCCGGCCUUCCCACGCACUUCGUUGCGGAGCUCCCAACCGGGCUUCGCAUGAGCUUCAAGACGCGGGACGUGGUGCUGAAUCUGCCGCCCGUGAAGAACUACCCCAUCCAGGGCUUCGGCGCGGAGCUGGCGCAGAUGAUGGUGGGGCGCGUGUUUCGUCAGUUUGUGCGGAGGGACUUCUACGGGCAGAAGGCGUUCAUGAUCAACUUUGUGCACGACUCGCUCUGGCUGGACUGCCACGUCGACGUCCUGGAGGAGUGCGUCCGGGAGACGCGGGCGCGGCUGGUGGAGGUGCACACGUACGUCGCCAAGGCGUUUCCGGGGGUGGAGCUGCGGGUCCCGCUCCGCGUCACGACGCAGUGCGGCGUGGACAUGUGCUCGAUGGAGACCUUCACGGACGACUUCAGCCGCGUCGCCUCGCAGGGGCGGAGUGCGCCGGCGGAGGUGGAGCCGCUCCCGGGCCUCGACGGGGACACCGCCGACAUCAUAGAGAACAACGUGUAG